AUGUUCGGCGGCCAACCCCCGCCACCUUCUCCUGAAGAGAUCAAGCAGCAAGAAGCCAUCGCAACGCAGACUGUCUACGGCGCCGUAGGCAUGUGUGUAUUGCUAUAUCUAUCACCAUUUGCGGUCCAAUGGGCCAGCAAGCUCGUUUAG